AUGGCCGACACUGUGUGGAAUCUGCUGGUCAUCUUCAGUUCAGUCCUGAGCCUGCCGGCUUUGGUCUUGAGCCUAUGGUCUGCAGCUUCAUACCACUCGCCAUUUUGGGAAGUUCGGCAACCCCGCAGAUCUGCAGCCUCCCACGAAAACAGCUCUCCGGACCCCUUCGUCCUGUACGGCCAUAUUCAUAUGGCCAAAACGGGAGGCUCAUACGUGAACGGAGCGGCUGCCUUGAAGUACGAGCGUGUGUGCGGUCACAAGGGUUAUUCGUAUGAUGCCUUCCAGGCCAACCUGCGCUACGCCCAAAAUGCGAACAGAGCAGAUUCUUUCAGCUGGGUAGGCAGCGUUAAUUGGCCAGGCUACAACCGACAGAAAGUUCCGUAUCCGAUUAUGGAAGAGAUCGGGUACGAGGAUUGCGAUCUCGUGUCCCACGAGCAGCCCUGGACAUAUUGGAAGAGAUAUUCAUCUUGGAGCAAGGUGGAACUGCACCUCCCAUGUCGCGAUCCUAUCGAGCACCUGCUCUCUCAGUGCAACCACAACUUGAAAACGUUGGACUGCAGUGAUGAGAAGUUGCUGCUGAGGAGCAAGCAGUGCUUAAUCUUCCCGGAAAGGUUUGAUUACAAACUGACUCAAUCAGAGGAUGAGUUUCGAAACUUCACCGUGAAGUGCUUCAACUACUCGUCGACAUCCAAGUACAUCGACUACCUUGGCACCAAGCUGCAGAAAAAAAGAGUUCAAGCCAAAUACACGUAUCGCCCCGUAAAUGCCAAAAGGAACAGGAGCAACGAAUGCCUUCUGUGGAAUGCGACAGCCAGGCACAGGGUGGAGGAGUACCUGAUGAGGACGUUCCCAUAUUAUUCUUUCUGCGACAAGUGUCUGGGUUCAAGCCAAGAUCUGUUUGCAGGUACGGGCCAGUAA